UGAAAUAUCAAUAUUGAAAUGAUUGAUAGUCGAAUUUUGAAUGAUCUAGUUGAAUUUUGAGUGCUAUUCAUCUAAGUUUUAUUCGUUCAUCUAAGUAAAACAGAAAUUGUAACAAAUAUUUUGAGCACCAUAAUUAUAAUGUUGACGUUAAUUGGCUUGUAUGCGUGCUUUUAUUCAUUUCGGUUUGCAAGCAGCUCGAUUCUGACAGCACCUCCUUUGUCGGCUCUAGUAGUUGCAUUUGAAAGCGUAUAUGAUCUAUCGUUAUUGGCCAAUACCUUAUCAGAUCAAGGAAUUGAUACAACAUUAAUAAUACCGACAUAUACUGCUAAUAAUAUUUACAAUAAACUGAUUGACGUUGAAGUGUUGCAACUGGAUGUUAACAUUGAUAAGUCAAUGUCUGCUGACAAACAUGCACUAGAAACAUGCAACAUUUUUUUCAAGGAUGAAGAAGUAUUGAAUAAAAUACAAAAAUUUCAGCCUACGUUCAUUAUAUUUCCAGCAUUAAGACAUGAUGGCUGCUUACUUCCGUUUGCGAAGCAUAUUGAAUCAAUUCCAGUAAUCUGGAUAAAAAAUCCAGAUGAGGAACUGUAUGCAUUUGAAUGCACUAGAGUUGCACUGCCGGUGCAUAGUGGUGGCUUUUGGUCGAGACUUUCGACAAGUUUCUCAGGGAAGACCAUAUUUUCCACUGUUAAGAACGAUUAUCUAACUCCCGCUUUACGAUUAGCAACCAAACAUCUACCGGACAUUAAUAUCGAUUUGGAGCAUCUUUAUUCGGAUGUUAGACUAGUACUUUGGGGAGGCGAUACAGUGUUACGUUCUGAUUUUGCAUCUUUAACAGAGUUACUCGUGGAGGUCGGUUGUCAUCAUUGUAGAAGUGCAUAUCCCUUACCUGAGAACUUGCAAAAGCCAUUGAUCGAAUAUAGGACGGGUACUAUAGUUGCUCUUUUAGAAGACAAUUAUGAGACGUUGAUACAAGAACUGGCAAAGAAAUUGCCUCAAGGGAGGGAAGGUCAAGCUGUCAUAUGGAAGAGUAAGCGCAAUACAAACGUUGCGCCGGAAAAUCUUUUUAUUGACGAGGAUGUUGACCGGCAAGACAUCAUAGGUUAUAGCCGAACCCGAGUGGUGUUGAGUCAUUGUACUGAUACAGAAUUCCUGGAAGCUGCCUUUCACAGGACACCUCUGAUAUGUCUGCCGAGGAACGCCCACGAGUCUCGUAACGCGGCUCGUGCAGUCGAGUUGGGUUUUGCGCGCUCCAUAAAAACCACAAACGAUCAUUUCGCCUCGGCCAUGGAGAUCGCACAAAUAAUAAACGAGAUCUAUGAGACGGUGGCUUAUCGUGAAAAUGCACGAAAAGUUUCCGUGGCGAUACGCGACAGACUAAACCCACCCUCCGACAGACUCAUCUAUUGGCUGGGCUAUGUCGCGAGGACGAAAGACGACAACGAAAAGUUCCAUAAGCCAAAGAGUCAGGCGAGGACACUCACGGAGGAUAUUCAAUUCUUCGUUGGCCUUCUAGUAGGUGUAAUUAUCGGAAUUGUCUGUACGGGCAGCGCGGUCGUUGCGCGAUAUCUCAUGACGGCUAACAAAGUGCAAAUAGCGAAGGGACGAUACAUGCAAUAAACGUGUUCCAUUGAGAUUUGACUCAAUAUACGCAUGCAUGGACAUUUCCGAAUAUAUAUAUAUUUAUAUAAAUGUACGUAGAAUACAGGUACAUACGAAUACAAAGGUUUUACGAUCUAGGAGUUAUCUCAUAGUUAACGAAGAAACAAUUUUACUAUUAUUAUUAUUAUUACGAGAACACCUUCUCAUAAUUUGACUGAAAAGACUACGAGUCUAAUGAAGUGUGAUGUAUUAUCAUGAAGAAAAUAAAUUACAGUUUGUCAAUACUGAGUUCUGUAUGUCGUCGGCACGAGCGUAUCCCUCGUGUGAUUACGUUUAACGCUAAGUUCUUACAAUAUACGGACGAAUCGCGAUGUCUACGUUGCUUAAGGCCGUAUUCUAAACAAAUAAGAGAUAAUAAGUAUGCAACCUCAUGAAAUAACAUUAAUGAUUUAUGUCCAUAUAAUAUAUUCGCAAUAACGCGAAAUAUCUUAUUAUAGAAUUCAUCG